CACCAACAUUGGCAGGUUGGUGUUCACUUACUGGCGUCCCUUACUCUUCACAGAUAACAGCCGGUCAGUGAUGUUAAUGGGAGGUUGGUGUUAGCAGCAUAUACAGGUUUAGAAGGACUGUGAACAUUGGCAGGGAUCCAGGAAUCAUGCAGUCAUUUGGGGCUGGUGUGUAAUCAUAAAUUGUACACGCGCACUGAGGACAAACAAGCUUGUGCUCUGAGCGUCAAUCCAGGAGGAAGCCUUAGUUCUAUGGCGAUGAAAAUGGAUUUAAGUGCCAUCAUAGAGCAGAUGGAGACGGGAGAGCAAGACACCGCUCUGACUGCUCUACAGAGCUACACCAAGGAGAUGAACCAAUGCUUUACAUUCAGCAGGGAAGAGGAGCGUGAAAGAGAGCGUCUGGGAGAGUUGGUGCUCGGUUUCCUCAAUAGGGAGUUGCAGCCGUCCUGUCAGCUGGCAUGUCUAGAAACGCUUCGCAUCCUGACCAGGGACAAAGACUGCCUGGACCCCUUCAUCAAUCGCUCGGCCAUGUCUACUCUUGCCCGCUACGCUGGGAUCGCUGUUGCCAGCACUGCCACACAUGCCCACAGCAUUCUGAUGGAGGGCCAAGUCGAGGGUGAGGGGGAAGAUGCAGAGGAAGUGUCGAGUGAGUUGAUGAAGGGAGCGUCCCCUCCGUCAGAAAGUCCUGACCAGGAAGUUAUUGUCGAGGCUCUCAAGUCCAUAUGUAACAUCCUGCUACACAACGAGACGGGACAGGUCAUCGCAGCAGAUCUGCAGCUGAUAAAGGGCUUGUCAGAGAGGCUGAAACAGUGUCAUGAUUCCACCUGGAUCCACGAGGUGCGGUUCUUUGACCUGCGCCUCACCUUUCUGCUGACUACCCUCAGGGUAGACGUCAGGGCACAGCUAGCACAGGAGCUUCAUGGCAUCAGUCUGCUAGGCAACCAGUUGGAUGUGACACUAGGCCUGUGUUGGCCAGACACAUUGGAGACGGCCAGAGCAGGAUCAGAGGACGUCCCACUUGAAGAACUAUCCCCUCUGAGCCGGGAACAAAUAGAACUAGCCAUGGAAAUUCUGAAAAUACUAUUUAACCUCACGUUUGACACGGCAAGGCGUAAGGUUGACGAGGAGGAGAUGGCAGAGUACAGACAUUUGGGAGCCAUACUGAGACACUGUCUAAUGAGCCAUGCUGAUGGAGAGGAGCGGACUGAGGAGUUCCACAGCCACACGGUUAACCUGUUAGGUAACCUCCCUCUGCCCUGUCUGGGCGUGCUGUUGAUGCCAAAGGUACAACAAGCCUCCAUUGAGUAUAUGGGGGUCAACAUGGAUGCUGUCAACAUGCUCCUGAAAUUCAUGGAGAAAAGACUUGACCGGGUCCAUAAACUGAGAGAGACCCUUCUCCCAUCACUGAACUUGCUGACCGAAAGCGGCCGCAUCCAUAGAGAGACCAGGAAGUUCCUCAGGUCAAAGGUGCUACCUCCACUGCGUGAUGUGAUAAACAAACCAGAGGUGGGCAGUGCUCUGAGGAACAAACUAGUCCGUAUGAUGACACACAUUGACACCGAUGUUAAGGACUGUGCAGCUGAAUUCCUCUUUGUACUCUGCAAAGAAAGUGUGUCAAGGUUCGUAAAGUAUACUGGAUAUGGUAACGCUGCGGGUCUUCUGGCUGCCAGAGGGCUGUUGACCGGGAGCAGAGACUCUGGGAUCUACUCUGAAGAUGAAGACUCUGAGACAGAGGAGUACAGAGAGGCCAAGGCUCAUAUAAACCCAAUAACAGGAGUUGUGGAAGAGGAGCAGCCUAAUCCCAUGGAGGGAAUGACAGAGGAGCAGAAAGAAUAUGAAGCUAUGAAGCUGGUCAGGAUGUUUGACAAGCUGUCAAGGACCAAUGUGAUCCAACCCAUGCAGCUCAGCAUGGAUGGGAAAAUGAGAGAGAUAACUCCAGAUGAUCUACAAAACCUCACACACAAUCCUGUGUUCCAGCCAGAAGAGCCUGGCAGUGAAGAUGAGGCUUAGUAAGCACAGAGGCAUAAAUACAGAAAUAGCUGUUACUCCUGUGUCAGUCCUGGCAGUUUGAUUAUUGAAAACAUUCAAGUGUCACAAGGUGGACAAUUUGGAUUAGUUGAGUCAAAGUGAAACCACAGCAUGGAAUUCAGAUUGAAGGACAAUAUCACUGGCUUUAUGUGCUUCUCUGUCAUAUACAAAUAACCCGUGUUUCAUUACUGACUACUUUACAAAAAUUUGACUAUAUGAAAUUAUACACUUACAUGUCAAAACCAUCCUUUUGACAAAAAAUAGUAAAUGGCUGAGCUGUAUAUGUAGCCAGUUGAUUUUCAUAAUGUAAGGUAGAGAAUCAGAAACAGCUUCAGUAUGGUCAUUUAAAUCAUGCUCCUGUCCAACUCAGCAGGGUUGACUUGGCUUCUAACAAACAAGAAGACUCAUUUUUUGCUAAUUUUAGCUCAUGACCUGCUUGCCUAACUUUAUUAGUAGACUUAAUGUAUCUCUUCAAGUGUUUGUGUACCUCAUCAGUAGUAUUUCUUAGUCAACUGCACACAUACAGUAGGCUGUGUAAUCCAUUAUGUGGACCAUUCCUUCCUUUCCUUCCAUUCCUAUAUGCCAGUGAAACUGCUGGUAUAUAUGUCAUAAUUUAAGACUGGAGAGGAAAUAUUCUAAUGAAAAGAGAGAUUCCUGUAAUAUAUGACACAUCAUCUAAUAUUUUGUAUUUAUAUUGUUGUUGUAUAGCUGCCAAUAAAAAUGGGCUGUAUUAUACAUUAAAUGUCUUUAGAUUACAAAAAUGUCAUGUCAUAUAUUUUAUGCUAACUUUUACUGAUGCACCAUCAUCAUAAAAGGUCAUCUAUAUUUUGAGGUGUAUCAUGUAAAAUACAGUUUUACACAAGCCAGCUUUGUCGUUCAUGAGUGACGCUGGCUCAGAAGUUAGAGCAGGCUAUACACUUAUUGGCGGAGCAUUGGUUCGAUUCCCAGUUCGUCCAAUAUGCAAGCCCCCAAAUUGCUCCUGCCGCCUGUCCCUGAAUGACAUGUAUAACUGAUAGGAAAGCUAAACAUAGAUUUCUGUCGAUUUUUCUAUUGUAUGGGGAUAUUCUGUUACCAUGUGCUACCACAGUUUACUCACAAAUAUCCACGACUGACGGUUUGUGUAUUAGCUUUCACUAUCACAUGUUGUUUUGAUUUAAGCUGUCAACUAUCUGGGAGCUUUUAUUGAUUUACACAAACAUAUAGUUGUGAAUGAACCCAAUAAAAACACAACACAACAAAGAGCAACACAUCAGACAAUACAAAAGAGAAACACAAUACAUGCAUCACAGUUGCAAGUCCAGAGCAAAAGUUCACUAAAUGCAACAUCAUAAAAUAAAAGAUGAAUUAAAGGUGUUUAACUUAUGGAUGAAUAUUUUCACUAAAUGUGAAAAGCAGGAGGGAAAGCAUCAGAGGGAGAGGCGCAAUUGUCCAUACAGUGUUAUGUAAGCCCUAUGAGAUGAAUUGUAAUUUGUGAAUAUGGGCUAUACAAAUAAAAUUUGAUUGAUUGAUUGAU